AUGGCAUCUCAUCAAACUACCGUUGGUACCGAAGACAAUGAACUUCGUUCAGUCCAAAAUUGUCAAGAAGCCUCUAACGAAGAAUGUCAGAAUGUAAUGGAAAUUCAAGAAAUGCACGUUCGAAAACCUAAAGUGUCUCAAAGUAAUUUCUUUCUGAAUAAGCCUUUUAACUUUAGUUCUCCUACAGAUAGCAUUUUAUCUCCCUGUACCAAAAUGUUACAGGCAAAGAAAGCGAAAAACUGUGAAGGUGCCAAACCCAGAAUUCUCAGUGGAAUUUUUGCCAAAGUGUUGAGAGAAGAACAAAAGAAAAAAGCUCAAGAGAAAUCUAAAAAUGGGAACGUUCAUGGUAAAAAAAAAGAUGAGACUAUGUAUUAUAUAAUCCCAUCAUCAUUUAUUUUUAUGCUAUGGACACGAAACAAAAUACGAGCUGGUAGCCAAGGAUUUUUCGGAGGCAAUGGUAACUUAUCAAAGCAACCAUUUAUUACUGGAAAAUUUUCACCUACGCGAGGACAAACUGAUAUAUACUAUUUGUAG